AGGGUACCGUUGUCGCGAGUACGACCGAUAUCUUCCUAUCUGCGCUUUUAACGAUCUGGAAACUGGACAGGUUUGAAAUAUCGGCUCCGUGCGCCGCGACGAAUUUCGUGGAAGCCGGUCCGGCGUGUACGCAGCCGAGGAACGUGGAUCCUGGAUCGAUAACGAAUCGGUUUUUCCUGAUGAAUGUGUGCGCCGGUUGAUCGCGGGAUCAGGAUGCGGUGGAUCGGUUACGUGGCCACAAUCCUCUGGUGGUCGGGCAUCGCCAGGUCCCUCAGCACGCUGAAUCGAGGUCACAGUUACAAAAUCACCCCGAAGCCCUGCCGAGUGCCAGGCCCGGAGACCAAGGAGGGCACGUGCAUGUUCGUGUGGGAGUGUAUCAAGUCGGAGGGCACGCACGUGGGCGUCUGCGUGGAUACGUUCAUGUUCGGCAGCUGCUGUGUUCACAACUCGACGACGAACUCGAUCACCGCGCCCCAGAAACAACACCACCAGCAGCAGAACCACCAUCAUCAGCAGCACGCGUCGUCAUCCGAUCCUCUAAGGCCGACGCUGGCGGAGGCGUUGGGCAACGAGGCGACCAGGCCGACUCUGACCUCGCUGUCGAGCUUCCUGGUCACGGACUCGACCACGUCCAGGCCGAGUCAUCAUCACUUCGACACGUUCGACUCGUCGGGUGGAUCCGGCAGACCGCACAAACCUCUGUCGGCCGGCUCGGGCAGGCCGCUGCAGAAAAGGCCGCACGCGAAGCCGACCUCGGACCACAAGGACAGGAUCCAGACCUCGGCGGUGCCGAGCUCGUCGAACUUCUGGGAGAAGGGCUCGCAGAGCACGAGGAGGCCGGGGUCCACUGAUCUCUGGGAGAAAGUGGCCCAGAGCACGAAGAGACCGGACCACUGGGAGAAAGGUCCGCAGAGUACCAGGAGACCAGUGUCCACUGUCCACUGGGACAAGGAUGCUCAAAGCACCAAGAGACCGGGCUCAGACCUCUGGGAGAAGAGUCCGCAGACUACGAGGAGACCGGUGUCCACCGGUUUCUGGGAGAAGGAGGCUCUGAGCACCAAGAGACCCGCGUCCGAGGCCUGGGAGAAGGGUUCUCAGAACACCAAGAGACCCGCAGGCGAUCUCUGGGAGAAAGGAUCGCAGAGCACGAAGAGACCCGGUUCGUCUUCCUCUUCGUCCUCGCAGACCACUAAGAGACCCGGGUCCAUUGAUCUGUGGGAGAAAGGAUCGCUCAGUACCAAGAGACCUAGCUCUUCUUCUUCUUCUUUCUCGUCUUCUUUUUAUUCCUCUUCUUCGUCCGCGCACACCACUAGGAGACCGACUACCACUAGUUUCUGGGAGGACGCUCAAAACACGAAGAGACCCGGCCACGAGGUUCAGAGUCCUCAACAGAAGACCAGGCCGGACGACAGCCAGCACACGGCUGUCAAGGAGAAAGAGACUACUCAUGAUGGGUUCCAGGGUCAUCAUCAAGGGUUCAAGGAUAAGGUGGACACCGGGCAUAAUACGCUGACUAUAAGGCUGCCCGGUAAGGAGCAUGCGUCGAACGACGACGAAGGUAUUAGGCCGAACAGGCCCAGCAACCAAAGACCGUUCGAGACGAGGCCCGACGAGGGGAAGACUGAGGAUGCUGAUCUGAGCGUGCAGGAGUCGGUGCAUCGACCUAGCGUUAAUUCGGUUGAGGAAAACGAAACCGUCAAGGAACCUCACUCGAACCUGAACUUCAUCCACACGGAGCGUCCGCAGUGGGCGACCAAGCCAGUGUCGCCGAAACCGACGACAGACUUCUCGAAACCAUAUUUCUCGAUCAAGACGACAACGUACAGGCCGACGUCGGUGAACGAUUCUAGGCCGAAUUUCGUCUCGAAGCCCUUAAACAACUCGAAGACGUCCACCACUCCUAGACCGACCCAUUUCGGUGGAGAAUCUACCACCAGCGCAGCCGGAUCCGUGCCACAGACCUCUCACUGGCAAGUGACCACAGAGCCGGCGUUCAUCACCAAACAGAGGCCGUCAUCGUCCACGAAGCCGGCGGGCUCCCUAGAAACCGCUAAACCUAUGCCGGUCAGCUCCCAUUUCUGGUCGGAGAACAGCUGGACGCCACCCAGACCGUCCUUGAAACCGCAUUGGACGGACAACCCUAGUCUCCUUCAGAACGGCCCUGAGGGAUUCCCUCCGCGUCCCAGUUUCAAGCCCACGGAACCGCAAGAAAGCACCGAGUUCCACAAACCGCUCGGCUCGGCCCACUACAUAACCACGUCCCACUUCGAGACGUCCGCGAGGCCGAGCAGCAGCGAGCCGCCGGCCAAGACCGGAUCGGUGCUGACGGUUUCCGCGGCGGACGAGAGCAAAGGCACGCAGUGCGGCGUGCCGCCCCUGUUUCCGCGGCCGGAAACCAGGAUCGUCGGCGGCAAGGACGCGCCGUUCGGUCGAUGGCCUUGGCAGGUGUCCGUGAGACGCACCUCGUUCUUCGGCUUCUCCAGCACGCAUCGCUGCGGCGGCGCGGUGCUCAACGAGAACUGGAUCGCCACCGCGGGACACUGCGUGGACGACCUGCUGACUUCGCAGAUCCGGAUCCGCGUCGGCGAGUACGACUUCUCGUCGGUGCAGGAGAGGCUGCCGUACGUCGAGCGCGGCGUCGCGAAGAAGGUGGUCCACCCGAAGUACAACUUCUUCACGUACGAGUACGACCUGGCCCUGGUCAGGCUGGAGAGCUCGUUGACGUUCGCGCCCCACAUAUCGCCCAUCUGCUUGCCAGCCACGGACGACCUACUGGUCGGCGAGAACGCGACCGUCACCGGAUGGGGGCGGCUCAGCGAGGGUGGCACUCUGCCCUCGGUGCUGCAGGAGGUUUCCGUGCCUAUAGUGAGUAACGAUAGAUGUAAGUCAAUGUUCCUGAGAGCUGGUAGACACGAAUUCAUACCAGACAUAUUCUUGUGCGCGGGAUACGAAACCGGUGGUCAAGACUCUUGUCAGGGAGACUCAGGGGGCCCGCUGCAAGUGAGAGGCAAAGAUGGCCGCUACUUCCUGGCGGGCAUCAUCUCCUGGGGCAUCGGUUGCGCAGAAGCGAACCUGCCUGGCGUGUGCACGAGGAUCUCGAAAUUCGUCCCGUGGAUACUGAAGAACGUGACCUGACCGAUCAACAGUUCCCAUUCGCUCGAAAUCCUGUUCACAGCUCGCCGGGACGGUACGCCCGGAUCCGGAACACCGGUUCCCCUCGACCCGACGUCGAGGAUCCGCCCUUCCGCCAGGAAACAAGAAAACCAAGGGUGAAUCUCUAGCAAGCAAACACUCGAUCCGCGAGGAUAGAAAUCGCGGCUUCGACCUAGCCAAAAGAAGAGAAGAAACAGAAAAGCUACGGAUAAAAAGAGGGAGAAACAUAAAGACGAUUCACCCGACGUGAUCCUGACGAAGCAAGGGGGUCCCUCAACUUCCGGGGACCGUCGAAACGAAGUUCCAAGGAGCUUCCAUCCCGAAGACUGUCGCUGAAAGCGAAGCCAAUCAAACGCGAGACUGCUCGGAGUCUGAGAUACGUACUUACGGGACCAUCGGAUAUAGUCGUCCUCGCUUCAGAAUCGCAGGACUGUAUUUAUAUAUACAUAUAUAAAUAUAAGCGAUAGAUAAUAAUAUAUUUCACCCGUGAACGAGCGAGCGGCCGCGCUUAACGUCGCCCCGUACAUGAAUAGAACGAGAGGGAUCGAGCAGCAGCCGGCUCGACGUUGGAAACGCCGGAUUAAGGAUAUUUUUGUUCACGGAUGACAAUCGCGGCUGUUCCGGCGGCGAGCCCCGGUGCGAUCUCCGCAGGGACACGGUGCUCGAAGCGUGCGCUUAGACAGCGGUCCGAGAAAAUUUCGUUGGCCGGUGGCUCGGUUUAAUCGGAUUAUCUCAUGAUUCGCGCACGAGAGGCCGCCGAGGCUAACGCAGUUUCGCUCGGGCUUUCGCGCGAACCUGAAAAUUAGGAGCCGCCCAUAGGCCUGACGCCGGAGGGUCCGCGAAGCUGUCAUCGGUCGCCGAUGAUCUUUUUUUAGGUAUAACGGUGGUAGUCGAGAGCGGCGCGAGACAUCGCGAGCAGGCGUGCGCGUGUUUAUAGAGAGAGCUUACUGUACAUUUACUCACCCGUUGUAUAGCGAAGCCUGUAAAAUGCUAAGUUCUUGCCCAUCGCCCGGUUAGUUUAAUCGUCAAUCAAUAUCGGAGACUAAUUUAAUGAGAAGACCCGUCCGCCUCCGUUUAGGACUCUCCCCUUUAUUUACAAGAAUUACGGAUUUUUUUGUACAGAGAUACACCGUGUACUUAAAGGUAGGUGUGUGUGUGCGAGACAGGAGUGAUCUAAUAAAUAUAAAUAUAUAAUUGUUUAUAGAUUAUAUCGGUAUU